AUGUAUACUGAUGAAGUUUAUAAUGACUUAUAUAGAUUAAAUGUGGCUGAAAUGAAGUGGGAGGAUGUGAUUUAUUUGAAAGGUGUUCGUCCGUCGAAAAGGAUUAACCAUUCAGCUUCAUUGUGGAAUCGGGAUAAAUUGAUUAUCUUUGGUGGCACAGACGAUGAAGAUCAAUAUUGUGAUGAUAUAGUCAUUCUUGAUCUAAAGUCUAUGACAUGGGAACGUCCUGAAGUAUUUGGACAUUAUCCUAAAGGGCGUAAAAAGCAUUCCGCCACGAUCCAUAAUGAUAAGUUAUAUAUAGUGGGAGGUUAUUCUGAUAGUGAAGAGGCUGCUGGUGCAGUAUCUUCUGAAGUUAAUUGUUUAAAUUUACAAACUUGGACAUGGGAACCUCCAAUCUCAUUAGUUCCAAGACAUUCACAUGUUUCUUUUAUUUUUCGGAAUCGGCUCUACAUUUAUGGAGGAUAUAACGAGGAAAUGGAUAGAGAAAAGUUACUAGUUAUCAUGGACAUUAACACAAAACAUGUGUCCAAAAUCGAGAUCACAAGUGAUUCCGGUCCUGAAAUGAAUGCAGGAGAACAUUUUGCCCAAAUGUAUGGAAAUCAAUUGGUCGUGGUAGUUACUCAAUGCAUUAAACAUGGAGCACAAGAUGUAUCUAUUGGAGUCUGGUCGUUAGACUUGGAUUCAUUUCAUUGGCAUAAAUUUGAAGAUGGUGAUCGACUUGUUCAAGGAAACUGGCAUUGUUUUGCCAUGGCAGAAAAUAGCUCGAGAUUCUUCCUCUUUGGAGUCGAUGAAAAGGAAUCUGACGAAUAUUUCUCUAAUGUUCUUUCCAUCGAUCUUCAAGAAUAUGGGAUUUCCAACAUCCCACCACCAACCAUCGGGUGGGAUUUUCAACAAUUGAUGAACGAUAAAAAUACGUCAGAUUUCAUCGUGCGAUCAAAUGAAGAAAAUUCACCGUCAAUCUAUGUUCACAAAAUUAUACUUCUAGCCAGAUGGCCUCAUUUUGCUAAUAUGUGCAAUUCCGGAAUGACAGAAUCCCAUACUAAAUCUCUGAUUAUUCCGGAGCCAUAUUCUACGGUUCAAGCUUUUAUUUACUUCCUUUACACAGAUACACUCGACGAGAGCCUUCCUGUCGAUACCAUUGCCGAUCUUAUGGUGUUGGGAAAUAUGUAUCUUAUUUCGCGGCUUACGUCACUUUGCUGUGCUCGGUUGCAAAUGAAAUUUGAUACAGAAAACGUGGCUAGAAUUUAUCAUUGUGCUUCUGUGGCCGGUGCUCGUGCUUUAAAAAAACGGGCAAUGAGAUUUAUUAACAAUAACUUCGGUCCAGUUUCAAAAACUCGAGGAUUCAGGACAUUACCGCAAGAAAUAUUGUUUGAUUUCUUGGAUAGUUUGCCAGAAAAGGCAAAAAUCAGUGUUGGUUAG